ACGGCCCCUGUGAGGGCACGGCCCCCGGGCGGGCACGGCCGCCUCCGCGCGGCGCGGCUGCCGCUCCAAUGGCGCGUUGUGCAGCGGGCACGGCCCCUCGCGGUGUCACGCCGCUGUCCGCACGCCGCGCUGGCGCCGGGCCCGCAGGGAGGGGUGCCGGGGAGGGCGGCGCUGCCCGCGGCCGAUCGGGCGGUGAGAUGGCGGCGGUGCUGCGGCGCGGAGCGGCCGGGCUCCUUAGCAGAUUGCAGACUUCUGCUCCCACAGUACAAACUCUAUCAUCAUCAAAGUCCUUCUCACAAAACAUUCCAAGCUGUUUGUGGAAACUGGGCCGACUUAAUCACGUGGCAAUUGCAGUGCCUGAUUUGGAGAAAGCUCAGUCCUUGUAUAAAAAUGUGUUAGGAGCCCAGGUGAGUGAGACUGUUGCUCUUCCUGAACAUGGUGUCUACACUGUUUUUGUGGAGCUGGGAAACACCAAGCUGGAACUUCUACAUCCUUUAGGAGAGAAAAGUCCCAUUGCAAGCUUCCUGCAAAAAAACAAGACUGGAGGAAUGCAUCAUAUCUGCAUCGAGGUUGAUGACAUAAAAGCAGCUAUGACAGAACUGAAGAAGAAAAAGAUACGAAUAUUGAGUGAAGAGCCAAAAAUAGGUGCACAUGGCAAACCUGUGAUUUUUCUUCACCCUAAAGAUUGCCAUGGAGUCCUUGUGGAACUUGAGCAAGCUUGAGCUGCAAUAUUCAUAAAUUAAACAAUAGAAGAGUUGUGAAGUUCCUGAGCUGGUGUUGGGAAUAUUGAUGUGCUAUUCAGUCUUGACAAGUCCAUUGAAGUUCCCAUGGAUGAAGUACAGCUUUUGGGUACUGAAAUAGUGCUACAGAUUUAGGGGCUGUCUUUGCUGUUGUUGUUGUUGAUUUAAUUUUCAGAAUCAAUAUGUUGGCAUUUCUUGGAUUCUCUGUGAUUCUAAACAAAAAAUACAUGAGCUAAGUUACGUAUGUACUAUAGUUAUUUAUCUUUUGUUGCCUGUUUGCAGCGAGAUUUUACCUCUGUAGCCACAGAAACUGUACAGUUUCUAGGUCAAGCUGCAUUAUUUUGCUCUACAUUUCAGAGCAGAGACCACUUCCCAGUGACAACAACGUAGCUUAGACAUUUUCUUUAGAAAUAAAGGAAAACAAAUACUGUGUUUUCUCUUUUUACCAUUCACCAUCUGUGCUUCACACUGAUUGAUUGGUUCAUGCAAUAAAAACCCAUAUAUUAUUGUAUGGAUGUCUGCAAUCAGUAAAUAAGUUUUUCUUGGCACAACAAUUACUGCCAAGGAAGUUACCAUGCAUAAAUCAUCAUUUAGUUGUUUUAUGAACCUUGUGGAUAUGCAGACAAUGCAAGAAGAGAACCUGAAAAUGACUUGCCUGGCAUAUAUAUCAUAUUGUAAUGCAGUUGUGACAUUUUAGUGUUUUCAUUUUUUGAGUUUUUAAAGUUUUUUUUCCCCAAGCUUUCUCCGUAGAAGGACAUCUUGAAGAGACAUGAACAAGCAGCAAUAAACCUUUUCACUUUACAAAUAAGGUUUUCCUGUGCAGAAGCACUUACAAAAUCAGUGGCAAAGACACUCCACCUAAGUCUUGCUUCUGUACCCAGUUGUUAGCAUUAAAGACCACGCCAGUAUGCUGAUGUCACAGGCUGCAGGCACUUUUGUUAACUUAUUUCUGAACCGACUUCACUUUAUUGGUGUAUAUUACUCAAGCAGUCUUUCCCUGAUGCUUUCUUUUAUAGGUUUGAUGUUUCAGCUGUAGAAAAAGAAGACUUACUAUUUCUUUAGUCUUCUCAAGCCUUAAAAAGUCAUACUUUCCUAGCUUAACUACAAUCCAAGUUUUAAGUUUUCCUACAUCUCUGCAUAUGCAGUCAGAACCUUCAGCUUGAUAUGAAGAAUAUUUUAGUCUACAACUUUUUACUUAAUGGAAUUAUUUGCGAUGUAUGUCAUGCUUGCAACAACAAAAUACAAAUAUAAUGUUGACCUGAGAUUUAAACAUGUUUUUAAAGACAUUGAUACUGCCUCAUGAAUUCUACUUCUGAAAAAAAUCUCUACAAAGCCACAAUUUUUUUUAAAAGAUAGUUUUGUACUUAAAAUAAAUACUCCUUCUGUCAUAUUUUAAGAAAAACACAGCCUUCCACAGGUUCCUACAUUUCAUCAAAUCACUUUUUAGAGGAUAGUUUGUGAUCUAAAUUCUAAACUGCUUAAAUUUAGAAAUCCUAACACUUAUGAUAGAAAUGCAGAAUGAUUUAAUACUCCUAAAAUAUGAUUCAGCCAUUCUAGGAGACAUUCUAUGAGCAAAGCUGCUUUUGUCUUUCUGUCAAAGACAAGGAGGUACCUUUUCUGCAAAGCCAGCACAGGAAUGCCAAUACUAAAAGCCUCACUGGUUAAGAUAAUUGAACAGAAGUCUUUAAACCAAAUACCCUUAGUUUGGUGCAACAGAAAGAGUCCUCCCAUGGUACACUCUCUAUUUCUUUGUCCUGUCUGAAGGAGUUGGACUUCCGUGCAGGAUACCUAUCAACAGAGUAAGUAGUUUGAGGCAGUGUCACAGCAUAUAUCACGGUUGAGACAGCCACAAUACACAGAGCAUCCCCAUACAAUUUCAGCAGGCUUUAAGCAUUUACCCAUGCACAAUAACACCACACCUCAUCAGAAGGCUGCAGGAGCCUGCCCAUGCAGAGCACCAGCAUAUCACUACAGAAAGCUACAAGCAUCUGCCCUUUUUGUUCUUCAGCCCAACCUUUUAUCCCUCUCAUGUUCAUGCAGUGCCCCUGUGUGCCCUCUGUUCCCUUUGGUGGUUGGUCAGCACACCUGGGCACUCCCUGGCUCAUUGCUGUCAGUGCUGCUCACCUGCUUUUCACAGCUGUGCCCGCUGGGGAUGAGGCUGGGCCACAGCCCCACUCCCAAUUACCACAAACUGUGUGCCUACAAGAUAGUGCUAGAGAGCAGAGAUUUUUUUAGUAAACUUGCUCCACAUGAUGAUUGUGCUCCCUAUCUUAUUGGCAAAAAGAGGCAUGUAUUACUUUUUAGCUAGUAACCAGCAAUUUUACUGAUUGACUGACUGACUGACUGACUGACGUGGAGUUGCCCAGUUCUAAGUCAGCUGAUGCAUUUUGUUCCUUGUGUCUAAGUUGGGCUCCUAUCUCACAGUUCAUAACCUUUUUUCUGACUACUCCGAGGGUAGAAGUCAAGAAAAUGUCAACACACACACACACACUCACACACACACACACAUACGACCCCAGCCCUGCAAAAGAGAGUUUAGGUCUGCAAAUUAGAAAGUACACAAAACUGGAUCAUGUUCUUACAAGCUCUUAAAAUCUGAUGGGAUCAGACCCCCUUUACUUGUCUGGGUGUGUGCUACAGGACAGGAGAAUUUCCCCCUCUGGAGCUACACACUUAGAGAAUAGCCAAGGGAGCUAGACAGCUACAGGAUCUGAAGACAGCUACAACAGAGAAGUUCCCUGUUCAUAAACUUAACGUCCUUAGACUUCAGUAGGAACAGAAUCAUCCCCUAUCAACUGUGUAAUCCUUCACCUUAAGGCAGGCAGCCUUCACAAGUUGUUGUUCUGAUUUACCAAGGGGUUGGGACAGGGCUUACGUACGUGGGCCUAACCCUUUGUCACUGGGAGUGACACCCAGAAAAACAGUGGAAGUUCAGAGAUGGAAACUGGGGAAUGAGAGAACUGUGACUUGCUCCUUUCAGUGGAGGGACAUUUAACAAUACACCCCUGUUGCACCAUUAUACAACUUCUGGGAAGAACAGUGAUUCAAGUAACUGGAGCCUGAUUAUCUUUGAAGGGAAUUAGGCUCUUUUUUGUUUUUUGUCUGUUUGGUGGAUUUUUUAAAACAGCAAAACCUUCUUCUCUGAUAAUGUCAAGCUUCUCAGAAGAUGGAGUGUUAGUAUUUUGCCGGUAAAUUUUCUCACGCUUGUGCCAUUUGUCAAGUGUGAAUUCCCAGUUCCAAUCUCUCCAUGUGCCUUUUUUCUCCUCUGAGCUGAAGCAUGUUCCCAUUUUAUGCUGCCUAAGGCAGACAAGACACAUUUUUGUGGACUCCGUCAACAUUACUCAGGCAGCUAAAGAGCUCAUAAUUAAAUGAUGCAAAGUAUCUUUUUUUACUUCCUCUCUGCAGCCCUCAAGUCACUCCUAGGUGGGAGGAGGUGAACAGGCUGCAGAAUGAAUCCCAUUCCUUAUGAUGAGACAAAACUAGAAGCAAACUUAAAAAGCUGAGAAAAGAACUAACUGCAUGGUUUUUAAAGCUAACCUUACCGUUUUGCAGUUCUGCAAAAACUCUGUUCCUGUCAUGCUUCUCUGCAAUUAAUGCCCCUGAAUUUCAUUCUGAAUUCUGCAGCUUUCAUUAUUACCAUAUCAACCUGAAGUCUCAUAGAAAGACCAUGAAACAUGGAGGUGUUUUCAUUAUCUGGUUGAGGUACUUACAGUAGGGGUGUAUGAAGAAUGCUAUCCUUGGCACUUCAUUUGAUUCUGUCCUUAGAAGGAAUUCUUCCUGUAGAUGGAUUCUUCCUGAUGUGAUUUGGGUUUGUUGGACAUAAGAACCUUAACUAAGAGAAAAACUCAGAAUUAUUUGUUUCAAUAUCAGUUCUUUUACCAAAGCCAUGUUGGCCAAACUGAGGCUGUUAAACAGAAUAAGAUCAUCAAGUUCAAUUAGUUAAUUAUUAUGAAAAUGGAAACUAACAACAAUGUAUAAAUUAAUCAACCUAGAGGUGACAUUUUUCAAUGGAAGACCUCAACCACUUAGGAACGCACAAUCUGUCCCCUUUUGACAAGCAUUUUCAAAGCACUUUGAACAAAUUAUGAAAUAAAUAUUUAUCUUAUUGUGAA